CAAAAUAACAGGAACAGGAAGUGCAUCACUCGUCGCGCAUGCGUAUUACAACUGCGACGGCGGCAAGCGUGAUCUGGACGUUGGUUGUGUGAGGAUCUGCCAUCAUGGAUUUCCAGCACAGAGCCGGAGGGAAGACGGGCAGCGGCGGCGUCGCCUCGUCGUCCGAGAGCAACCGGGACCGGCGGGAGCGACUGCGGCAGCUCGCGCUCGAGACCAUCGACAUCAACAAAGACCCGUACUUCAUGAAGAACCACCUGGGCUCUUAUGAGUGUAAACUGUGUCUCACACUUCACAAUAACGAGGGAAGUUACCUCGCUCACACACAGGGCAAGAAGCAUCAGUCUAACCUCGCGAGACGAGCCGCUAAAGAAGCGAAAGAAGCACCGGCUCAACCGGCUCCAGAGAAAGUCAAGGUUGAGGUGAAGAAGUUUGUCAAGAUCGGCAGGCCGGGUUAUAAAGUAACAAAACAAAGGGAUCCAGAGGUCGGACAGCAGAGUCUGCUUUUCCAGAUCGAUUACCCAGAGAUCGCAGAAGGCAUCGGGCCGAGGCAUCGCUUCAUGUCUGCGUACGAGCAGAGGAUCGAGCCUCCGGACCGGCGCUGGCAGUAUCUGCUGUUCGCCGCCGAACCGUACGAAACCAUCGCAUUCAAGGUGCCGAGUCGAGAGAUCGAUAAAGCCGAGACUCGCUUUUGGACACAUUGGAAUAGGGAAACGAAACAGUUUUUCCUGCAGUUCCACUUUAAGAUGGAGAAGGCUCUGGCGGCUCCUCAGGGCCCGUCGGUCGGCGUGAAGCGUCCCCCGUCUCUGAUCACGGGCCUCGGGCCGCGGUCCCUCAGCGACUCCAUGCCUCCUCCGCCCGGAGGGAUCCCGGGGAUGCCCCCCCUGCCCCCCGGAGCCCCCCACCCGCACCACAUGCCCCCGCAGAUGCCCCUGCCCCCCCACCUCAGGCCCCCGCUGCCCUCCGACGGCAUGCACAAUCUCUGAAUCACUGCAGGUU